AUGGUUGUUGUUUAAAUACAAAUACGGUUCGAUUCGGUUCGGUUCUCAAUUAGGGGUUCAAACACGAUUUCGACCAGACCACCAUUUUAGUUGACACAACAGCUGUACAACAGUACCUUACCCCUUUUGCUUUCCUGGGCCAGAUGCGAGCAGAGCAGCGCUGCGCCAUACAAUCAACCGGUUUUUCUCUGUCGCAUCUCCGUCUCGAAUUUUCGGUGUGUGUUUUGGCCCAUAUGCAUUUCGUUGCACUGCCAGCUGAUUUAUAAUUGGAUCUCUGAGCCUCCCACUGUCGGUGCCAACGAACUCGAAACCAAUUUCGACAGCGUCCACCUGUAACGAGCGUUUCCAUUCCUCUACUUCCACUGCUGAUAAGAUGAAAAACGUUUUGGAUGUCAUGUCUCUGCAGCAGCACGUGGAGUCGAGCAAGGCCCAGGCCCAAGCACUUAAGCCCCUUGACUACCGCAAAUUGAACAUGCCAGGCAUCGUGCCCCUCUACAUAUUCGAGUGUGCCACUAAGCUCAAGAUGAAACCGCUGACUGCCGCGUGUGCCGCCAUUGUCUACCAUCGUUUCUUCAAAGAGGUCAAGCCCACUGAUUAUGAUGAGUUCCUAAUUGCCGCAUCUUCGCUGUACCUGGCUGGCAAAAUCAAGGAUGACGAUUCGGUGAAAAUACGCGACGUCAUCAACGUGGCAUACUGCACGCUGAAUCGUGGCAGUGCUCCGCUGGAUCUGAACGACGAGUACUGGUCCAUGCGCGAUGCCAUUGUCCAAGCAGAGCUGCUCAUAACCCGCACCCUAGGGUUUGACUUGAACAUAGAUCUGGCUCACAAGUACCUGCUCUACUAUAUGAAGACCCUACAAGACUGGGUGGGUGCCGAUGUGUGGAACUCGGUGCCGAUAGCCAAGGCGGCCGCCUCGUACCUACAAGACUUUCACCACAGCGCCAACAUACUUAAAUACAAGCCCACGCACGUCGCCAUUGGCUGCCUCUCGCUGGCCAUGCAGACGUACGGCAUACAGGUGCCGCUCACCGAUGAGGCGGAGGAGGGUUCCAUGUGGUACAAGCCACUCGUAAAGGAUUUCACCAGAGAGCAGCAGUGGGAGAUUAUCGAAAAUGUAAUUGAAGUGUACAAGAACGAAGCUCUCCUGAAGGCUGCAUAAUCUCGAAUUGUAGGCAGAAUUCAAACUCUGCUGUAAUUGGCAUUCCCAUUUGAAUUUAUUUAUUAUUUGGUCACAAAUCAUCAAACCCUACACAGUUGCAUGCACACCUCCAUAGUAAAUAGGAAAACCGUUAAAGCGAAAUAAACUCCUUUGUAUGUA